AUGCCUAACUCAAGUGAGCAGUCGCAUUUUGGUGGUGCUCUGGGCCAACGGGAUCCUGAAUGGUCUGAAGGUCAGAACGACAGGGCUGCAAGUCGCUGUCAACACCGUGGCACCGUUGCGGGACGUAGGAAUUCUUUUUCACAGGGUGGAGCUGACUGUGGAGCUUGGUUUCACCAUCACCUAGAUCUUUGUGAGAAAGCUGAUACAGACCUCCAAACCUCCAUGUACAGGCAGGCCCAGCAGGAGCGGCGUGGGCAGCAGCUACUGAGGAAGACAUCUGUGCCCGAUCUCAGCAACAGUCUCUACCUCAGGCAAUUGAUGGCAGGCCGGGCCUCUGCACCACCUCAGGAUUACUACCUGGCUGACGCUACUUUAUCUGGCCAGCUUCCUGACGAGUCUGGAUUUUAUAGGGAUAACCAGCACCUGCUCAACAGAUCAGCCUCGCAUUAUGGGCCUAGCGCUGGGGGGUUGAGGCCUACCUGGGAUCAAGGACAGGCAAGAGCAACACCUUCUGUGCGGCCCUCCGCCUCAACACCUACCCCUGUGCCUCCUCCCCCUCCACCUCCUCCUCCUCCACCUCCUCCCCUUCCCGUUCAUGAGCUGAGCCGCUUGUACAGGGAAACACUGGGAUCUAAGAUGAUACCAGACAUCCACCGUAUUGGCGGUUGCUCUCCCUCUCCUGCAGUUUACGGGGGCCUGCCCCCUCUUACCUAUUACAAUACUGAACAACCGUCUCUCUCUGCUCGUCAAGCUUAUAACAAUAUCAACAGCUUUUCCCUGGACCCUCGCCAGCAAGCUGCAUCCAGUUCAGGGCUGGACGCAGCUUCUCAGGGAAUGGACGGAGCUCUUCACCGCGCGUAUGGAGCUGUAGCCUCCCAGAGGAUGCCUUAUGACCCAAACUAUGACCCCAGCUCAGCCAUGAUGGCUGCCACAGCUGGAAUGAACUCCAGCAUGCCUCAUCACCAUCAAAGCGCUCUAGACCCCAAAAGGAUGGUGGACCCGAACUUCUUGGGUUACCUGCGAGCUGAAGGCUUGGCUGAGAGCACUAUCACUCUACUGCUGCAACAUGGCUUUGAUUCUGCUGCCACGUUGGGAAUGAUGGAGGACCACGAUGUUCGCUCUUUGGCCCCUAACUUGGCCCAAGCCCGUGUUCUCUCUCGUGUGGUGCUUGGUAGCAAGGCAAGUGGGGCAGCAACACGUACUCGAUCCAAUAGCUUCAGUCACCGCGAGCUUUACAUGCAGCCCCAGGGUUUGACCAUGGACCCCUGCCUGAUGCAGCAACCGCCCAGCACCAUCCAGAACGUGUCCCCCAGAAUGGGAGAGUUUCUUGGUAGAAGACCCAGCAGCGCACCCUCCCAACACCUCCUGGAGACCACCAACUAUCAACUAGCACGGCCCCUGGCAACUGGAGCUUUUCCAAUCAGCCCCGGAGGAUACAGCAAUGCUGUCACUCAGGGAAGACCAUUCUCCAUGUACAAUGCCCACACCGGUAUUGCCAUGUCUGCUCUUGGACAACAGCCUCCACCAGCUCCAGGCACCCCUGGAGCGGCACCCAAAACCUUUUCUGGUUCCUAUUCCCCCAUGGAGCUGAUGAAGAGAGCUACCAACCUUCCUCCACCAUCGCCAAUAGCAGCGGCAACCCCCCUUCAUAGCCCCCAACUUCUCCGGAAAGGGAUGAAUGCUGCUCCUGAGAGUAACAUUGUUCCUGUAACUUCUUCAUCCAAUCUCCAAGCGCAAAACCUUAACAACAGCAAGUUGGUAGGACGUCGCACUGGUCCACCUGUCAUAGUCUCAACUAUGCUCUCCGCACCUGACACAAGUAUUCGGCCCCAAAUCAUGAACGGGCCAAUGCAUCCGCGCCCCCUGGUGGCGCUGCUGGACGGGCGCGAUUGCACCGUGGAGAUGCCCAUCCUGAAAGACUUGGCGACUGUCGCCUUCUGUGAUGCUCAGUCCACACAGGAAAUACACGAGAAGGUGCUCAACGAAGCAGUGGGAGCCAUGAUGUACCACACCAUCACCCUGACCAGAGAGGACCUGGAAAAGUUCAAAGCCCUACGUAUCAUCAUCCGCAUCGGAAGCGGCUACGACAACAUCGACAUCAAGGCUGCCGGAGAGCUGGGCAUUGCUGUGUGUAACAUUCCCUCGGCAGCUGUGGAGGAGACGGCAGACUCCACCCUAUGCCACAUCCUCAACCUGUACCGGCGAAACACCUGGCUCUACCAGGCUCUCCGGGAGGGCACGCGGGUCCAGAGUGUGGAGCAGAUCCGCGAGGUGGCGUCCGGCGCCGCCCGUAUCCGUGGCGAAACCCUCGGCCUCAUCGGCUUCGGUCGUUCGGGCCAGGCGGUGGCGGUGCGGGCCAAAGUCUUCGGCUUCAACGUGCUGUUCUACGACCCGUACCUGCAGGACGGGCUGGAGCGCUCCCUGGGGGUGCAGCGCGUCUACACCCUGCAGGAUCUGCUGUACCAGAGCGACUGCGUGUCCCUGCACUGCAACCUGAACGAGCACAACCACCACCUCAUCAACGACUUCACCAUCAAACAGAUGCGUCAGGGUGCAUUCUUGGUGAACACUGCGCGGGGGGGCCUAGUGGAUGAGAAGGCUCUGGCCCAGGCGUUAAAGGAGGGGAGGAUACGUGGAGCCGCCUUGGACGUACAUGAGACGGAGCCCUUCACUUUUUCUCAGGGCUCCCUGAAAGACGCCCCCAACCUGAUCUGCACGCCGCACACAGCGUGGUACAGCGAGCAGGCGUCUCUGGAGAUGAGGGAGGCCGCGGCCACCGAGAUCCGGAGAGCCGUCACCGGCCGUAUCCCCGACAGCUUAAGAAACUGCGUCAACAAGGAGUUCUUUGUCACCACGGCACCCUGGGCCGUUAUGGAUCAGCCGGGCGUUCACCCUGAGCUCAACGGCGCCGCCUACAGAUACCCGCCGGGCGUAGUUGGAGUGGCUCCGGGUGGCAUGCCAGGGGCGUUAGAGGGCAUGGUGCCGGGGGGGGUGCCCAUCGCCCACUCCCUGCCCUCCGGUACACACCCCUCCCAGGCCCCGUCGCCCAACCAGCCCUCCAAACACGGCGAGACCAGAGAGCACCUCACCGAGCAAUAGCAGCAGAAGGGUUCCAACAACCAAUCACAACGCAACCGACCAACUGGGACCAAGAGACAGUGAAACGACACACGUGGCUGCCUGUUAAACCAGCCAGCAACUGGGAACAAAGGAAGUGUUCCGGGGGAAUUUGUACUUUUAACGUUUUAGUUUUUACUCUCUGUCUCUUGGGGUUCAGUACCGACUUUACUCUUCGAUGAUGAUGAUGGGUUUUUUCGUUGUUUUUUUUUCUUCGGGACAUGCCUAUGAUUGUGGACACAGAGUCCAGUGUUUUUAGCGCUCCGGGAUUACCCGACUGAGACUCUGUCCCCGCCCCGUCUCCACCUCAGAGCUCAUGGGAAACGUAGGCCCUCAUCUCAACACACUCAAGAGAAAAAACUCUGGCAUCAUGUGCUACUGGACCUUAACCCCCUCCCUCCCUUCCCAACCGCCCCCUGAUCCUCCCCACCUCUCCGACCCUCCUUAUGUAACUAAUGUGUUGUUUAGGCCCCUCAUUAUGCCUCUGAAGAAUUAUUUUGUUCUUUCAAUCUUCAGUGUGAAUGACUAAAAAUGGAUUAAUGACUAUAUAUAUUUAUCAUUCGUCAAACAAAAGGACACGAUUUAGUAAUCUAGAGUGGGUUUUAACCCUUUCCUGGCAAUAAGACAUGACAGCUGCUGCAGUUACAAGAUGUCACCACUGGAGGGCACUUCUACACUUGAGGGAUUUCUGCGCACCCGUUAGCAGUUACAUUAAACAAACAUUCACUGUACAUUUGAAUGUAGCUGAGUUUUGAGAUUACAUGGAUUAGAGGAGCUGCCAGCUAAGUAUUUCACUUUUGUCUUUAGUUUAGAGUCAGUGUGACUCUGAUGAAGGACUUUUUUUUUAUAUCAUAAAAAAAGACUCAAGUUUGGCGUGACUGACUGCAUCCGAUUCUUCUGCUGAAUGGACGGAUAUUACAGAUCAUCGGCAUCGGUGCACAGAUGAGACCAUGCUCCCUUCUUUGAGCACAUUUCACACUGAAGACAGGAAAGGGUUAAAGCAAACUUCAUUUCUUAAUGACUCAGGAAAACACUUUUUUGCUGAUAUUGUUUAUUCCCAGAAUGUUGUCUUUGAGAAAAAAAAAGAUGAGACUAAAUCUGUUUAGUCUGGAUAUCCCUCUCUCUCCCCCCCCUCCAUUGUGGUAUUUUUAUAUACAAGGCGCAUCCCUGGUUUUGGUGUUAAAGAGUUUUGAAGAGUCCUGUUAGAUUUGUAUUGCCUAGUUAAAUGUUCCUAUAACCAUAGUCCUAUGUGAUCCACCCCCCCCCCCCCUCUUUCUUAUAUUUUCUUUGUUCUAUUGAAGGCCAGGUUCUUUGGGGCGUCCUCUGUAAGAGCAAUAGCAGAAACUCCUACUUAGUGUCCCAACAAUAGCAAGAGGCAGCCAGCAGUAUGUUUUUGUUUUUAGUGUGAGUAUUUGUAUUUGUUUCUUGUACAAGGUGAACAUUUAGCAUUCAGUGCAGUUCAAAUAAAAGAUGAUUCUGAGAA